UUGCAUUUUCCUUCUCCGCCCCUCCCAGCCUCUGACACACUUUUUCUCACUUUCUGUGUCGCUCUUUGCGUGUUCUGACGCUGGUGCACUUGCUGCUUUCGUUCCUGCAUCUCGCUAAAACUUUUGGCACUUUAGGGGCCACGGGUUGUUUUGCUUUUUGCAUUUCCUUUACUUUUCAACAGCUGCAGAGCACAAAUAACCUCUCCAAGACUCCUGGAGAGACCCCGACAAUUGCAUGGAGGCGACAUAGGGAGUUUCAGAUUGCAGGAGCUGCAGCGAGACAGCCGGGUCACUCAUGAGCACCCAAGGAGGAGAGCCAGAGAUGGAAGACUGCCUGGAGACACUGAAAGAUGAGGAGGAAGCUUUGUGGGAGAACGUGGAAUGCAACCGGCACGUGCUGAGCCGGUACAUCAAUCCGGCCAAGCUGACCCCGUACUUAAGGCAGUGCAAAGUAAUCGAUGAGCAAGAUGAGGAUGAGGUGCUUAACUCACUUAUGCUGCCCUCCAAAAUUAACCGAGCAGGUCGACUGCUGGACAUUCUCCACACCAGGGGCCAAAGGGGCUAUGUAGUUUUCUUGGAGAGCCUGGAGUUUUACUACCCUGAACUCUACAAACUGGUGACAGGGAAAGAACCUACACGAAGAUUUUCCACUAUUGUUGUGGAGGAGGGACAUGAAGGCCUUACCCAUUUCCUAAUGAAUGAGAUCAUUAAGCUUCAGCAGCAAGUAAAGACAAAAGAUAUGCAGCGCUGUGAACUCUUGGCUAAGUCUCGCCAGUUGGAGGAUGAGCGAAAGCAGCUAAAACUAAACAAGAUAGAGCUGCUGACCUUCCAGGAGAGAUACAACAAGAUGAAGGAGGAGAGGAACAACUACAACGAUGAGCUGGUCAAAGUGAAAGAUGAGAACUACAAUCUAGCCAUGAGAUAUGCCCAGCUGAGUGACGAGAAGAGCAUGGCUGUGAUAAGGAGCCGAGACCUCCAGUUAGAGAUUGAUCAGCUGAAGCAUCGUUUGAACAAAGUGGAAGAGGAGUGCAAGCUGGAGAGGAACCAGUCUUUGAAGCUGAAAAAUGAUAUUGAAAACCGACCCAAAAAGGAACAAGUUUUGGAGCUAGAGCGGGAAAAUGAGAUGCUGAAGACUAAAAUCCAGGAGUUACAAUCCAUCAUUCAGGCUGACAAGCGGAGUUUGCCAGAUUCAGACAAAGCCAUUCUGGAUAUUCUGGAACAUGACCGUAAGGAGGCACUAGAAGAUCGUCAUGAGUUGGUCAACAAGAUCUUUAAUCUCCAAGAGGAGAUUCGUCAUGUGGAAGACUUGAGAGACAAGUAUCUAGAAGAGAAAGAAGAUUUGGAGUUAAAGUGUUCGACACUAGGAAAAGACUGUGAGAUGUACAAGCACCGUAUGAACACUGUGAUGAUACAGCUGGAAGAGGUGGAAAAGGAGCGAGACCAGGCAUUCCGCUCGCGUGAUGAGGCUCAGACGCAGUAUUCACAUUGUCUAAUUGAAAAAGAUAAAUACAGGAAGCAGAUUCGAGAGCUGGAGGAGAGAAAUGAUGAGCUCCGAAUUGAGGUGGUUCGGAAAGAAGCUUGCAUUGUUAACCUGGAGUGCAAACUCCGACGGCUCUCUAAGGACAAUAACUUUCAUGACCAGAGUUUGCCACGGAAUCUACCCAUUACCAUUAUCUCCCAGACCUUUGGGACUUCUAGCCCAAAAGCCAAUGGUCAGGAAGCAGAUGACUCCUCCACCUCUGAAGAGUCUCCAGAAGACAACAAAUUCUUCUUGCCUGAUCAAGCUCGACUCAAGAGAAGAGUGAAUCUGAAGGGAAUCCAGAUAAAUCCAAGAGCUAAAUCCCCUGUCAGCAUGAACAAAACAUCAGACUUUCAAGCAGUCAGAGCACAGGAUGAAGAUGGGGCUGAUGGCAGCAACGGCCGUACAGAUACGAGUUCCUCCAAUUCUGUUUCCAUGAGUAACUCCAUCAGCAGCAGUGAAGUCAGCAAAAUUCAAACCCUGAGAAAUCGCAACGACAGUAUCAUGUCUACCACUCCUGAACCUCCAGGAAAUGAUUCAAUAGUCCGACGGUGCAAAGAGGAUGCCCCUCACUGCAGCCUGGUUGAAGAGGACAAUGACAGCUUUGGAUAUGAUGCUUUGGAGCUCGAUGAUGACAGCCAUGACAGGCAGUCGCAUGGAGCUCCUUCAGUGCACUCUUCCUCUUCUUCUCAUCAGUCAGAAGGCCUGGAUGCCUGUGAGCUUGAGCAUGUCAACUCCAUAUUUAGAAAAUUCUCUCUGGAGAGACCUUUUCGUCCCUCUGUCACAUCUGUGGGUCGCAUUAGAAGCUCCUGCCAUACUGUCCAGCGUGUGACACUAAAUGGAGACAGUCUCAAUUCAGAAAUCACUCUGGUUGGGGGUAAUGAUAAAGGGAGCUUUAUUAGCUCUGUCAAGGCGGGAUCACUUGCAGAGAAAGCAGGCCUUCGGGAGGGACACCAAAUCCUACUGUUGGACGGCUGCAUCAAAGGGGAAAAUCAGAGUGUUCCCUUGGAUACUUGCACAAAGGAAGAAGUACACUGGACAAUUCAGAGGUGCAGUGGUCCAGUGACACUCCAGUAUAAAUCAAAUCACGAAGGUUAUCGAAAACUCCUGUCAGAGCUGGAAGAAGGGCUGAUCACAUCGGGGGAUUCGUUUUAUAUCCGCUUGAACCUGAACAUCUCCAGCCAGCUGGACUGCUGUUCUCUCUCAGUGAAAUGCGAUGAGAUUGUCCAUAUUCGUGACACUAUGUACCAGGGGAGGUGUGAGUGGCUGUGUGCCAGAGUUGAUCCUUUCAUGGACAAGGACAUGGAAAUGGGGACCAUUCCCAGCUACAGCAGAGCCCAGCAACUUCUUUUGGUGAAGCUGCAGCGGCUGAUGCACAGAGGAAGCAAAGACGAGACGGAAAGUUCAUACAAUACCCUUCGGGCUCUCCGGAAUACAUUGCAGCCAGAGGAGCCUCCCCCACAGAACGACCCAAAAUCCAGCCCUCGCCUAUCCAGAGCAAGCUUUCUUUUGGGCCAAAUAUUACAGUUUGUGAGUAGGUCUGAAAACAAAUAUAAGCGUAUGAAUAGCAAUGAGCGAGUCCGCAUCGUCACUGGCUGGCCCUCUGGUCUGGCACGGACCUCAUCUGAAGCAAAGAAGCCCUCGCCUGAUAAACUGGAAGAUUUGGAUUCCGAAAGUGAAAUCAAUAAGAGGCUCAGUCUGAUCCCUUAUAGCUUGGUGAGACCAAUCCACUGUGAGCGCAGGCGCCCCGUACUUUUCAGUCCCACCAUGCUUGCCAAGACCUUGGUACAGAAGCUUCUCAACUCUGGAGGUGCCCUGGAAUUCAACAUAUGCAAGCCAGAUAUUGUCACAAAGGAAGAGUUCUUAAGGAAGCAAAGAGCGGAGACUAUUAUCUUCAGCAGGGAAAAGAAUCCAAACACAUAUGAAUGUAUUGUACCUGCCAACAUUGAGGCUGUCACUGCCAAGAACAAGCAUUGUCUCCUGGAAGCUGGAAUAAGCUGCACAAAGGAUUUAAUCAAAGCCAAGAUAUAUCCUAUUGUUCUCUUUAUCAGAGUGUCAGAGAAAAACAUCAAGAGGUUCAGGAAACUGUUGCCAAAGCCGGAGACUGAAGAUGAGUUUUUACGUAUGUGCCGUCUGAAGGAAAAAGAACUGGAAGCACUUCCAUGUCUUUAUGCCUCUGUAGAGGCAGAUGCAUGGAGCAGUAUUGAAGAUCUUAUCCGGACAAUAAAAGACAGGAUUGCAGAAGAGCAGCGUAAAACCAUCUGGAUAGAUGAAGAUCAGCUAUAAAAAAACAAUAAGUAAUACGGAGCUCUUUGGUGACAAAAGGACAUACCCAGGUGGAGCAGGGGCUUGCAGAAUUCUCUGAUAAGGUGCCCGGCACUCAAUCCUGUUCACCCUUGCUGGCUGGGGACUUCCUGUUGGCCAAACGUAUGUAUGGAGUGGAACUGGAGUUGUGUUUGCACAGCCAGUCUCUCAGAUGCUGGGGAUCUGGGCUGUGGGUCAGACCACAGCCACCACCACAACUUCUCAUCCACUGGCAUCUCUUAAGGGACAGCAGCUGUUUAACAUAUGAGAAGGACAAAAGUCUUGAGAGGGAGCUUGGGGUAAUUUAUUAUGUUAAAAAUACGGAUCGCAUUUGGCUCAUUGAAAAUGUCUGAUGAGAACAGGUGAGUGGAAUCUAAUAGGAAUAAAGCAUGAGAACUGGGCUAACAGAUAUGGAAUUGAGAUGUGCCACACACACACAGACUGAGGUGGGAUUCUGAACAUACUCAGUUAAGGAAGAUGAAGGCUGGUUAGUAUCAACAGCCACACUACCGCUGAUGGCCAUAACAGCUCUGUAGCCCUGUUUUUCCAUAACCGUUUCAAUCGGAAGAGAAGAAACUAGCUGUUAUUCCUAGCAUUAAUUAACAUUACAAUUCUUUUUUAUACCCCAGUUCUAUUCGACCAUUUUGCAGGUUUCCUUUGUAGUACUAGCACUUACAGGUAAAUAGAGUCUUCAGUCCCAGUGGCACAUCAGAUCUUUCUAGAUCUGCGAAUGUUUCAUUUCAUUUAUCCCUGUCAGCAUCGUGUUCAUUUGUACGUCUCUCAGUUUUUAACAUUUCUUACUCAUGGAAAAUACCAUGGUGCCUUCUACAGACAACAGGUUUCUCUGUUUCUCCACCGAAGUCUGUAUUUCUCUACAACACCAUUGCCUGCCAGCAUGCCUGCUCUCAACAGGAGGGACUGUUCUGAGAAGAAGCAAAGAAGAAUUUCAUAAGCCAGUAAUCACUGUGAACCACUCAGUCCUUGACCACUCUACCGUGAUUGACAGCAAGCGACCAGCAAGCGUCACACUGUGCUGUGGCCAAGUAGGAUAAUAUUUUGAAAUAUGUCUACAUGACUUAGAAGACCACAUCCCGUUUUCAAAAGCACUUAACUCCUCAGAGAGUUUAAGUUCCGCUAAUAAUGAGUGGGACUUAGACUCCUAAAUCUCUUGAGUCUUUUAAUUUUUUCCUCUAUACGUUAGACACUGUCUUGAGAGUGCCAAAUUGAUUCAAUAAAACUGACCAGAUAAUAAUGGCUUGCACAAUUGCUGAUCUGAAAUGCAAUAAAAAUUGACCUACAAAUGAAGGGUUGUACAUCCCAUUACCCUUGGGUCCUUCAUUCCUUGCCAUAUUCCUCGCUUUGAAGAUGCAUUUAAUAACAAAUUUACCUUUGCUUCUGUAUUCAUCCAAAGUCCCCCAUCUUGGUGCUUCCUUCUGGCGUGCAGCAGCUGGCAAUAAAAAGACAAACAGAAUCUAAGCAACACAUCUGGCCUGGUUGCCCUCUCUAGAUUAGCUGCUAGAUUGUCUUUGCAAUGAGCUUUUGAUGUUUUUGGCCUCUCUCAGUUAGAUUGGGUCACUUUGGCUUGUGUGAUUGUGCUUUUCUGCUCUUCUCUUUUAUGCACAUCAUUUUAUAACUAACGGUGUCUUCUAGAAGUCAUUUACAUUGCUUUCCAUCUAACUUGCUGCUGCUGUGUUUCUCAAAUUAUUACUCUUUUAAAGAUUGUUCAUAUUAGCAUCUCUCAGAGAAGAGCUCUUUACCUGCCCAAUGCCAUCUGUUUGGGCUGCGUAAGCAGAAGGAUACUACUCUUUUGCCCUCUCUUUACAAAGUACAGGCUGCAUACAGAAUUUGCAGCUCCCUCCACGGCACAGAAUAACAACCGGUUGGGGUAUAUAUAGAACAAAUUGGAUGAUUUCUUAUACAGAAGUAAGAAAGUAUCAGUUGGAGAAGCUCAGCCUUCCAGGAGAAUUUUGCAUUCAUUUCUUAUGUUCUGAUAACGCAGCCCUGCGUAACAGCUGCUUGUGGUUUGUUCCUGCUCCUCUUGUGAUAGUUUCUCAGGGCGCAGCUGAGCAAUGGGAAGGACUGUUGGAACAUUUCUCAGCUGCUUCAGCAAAAAGUUCAGCCCGGUCAGCAUCAGAUCCCUUUAGGAGCCACCAGCUGACUGCUCACCAGACAGAGCUCAGAGGAUGUCCGUGUCCCGCUGGCUGUGCCACAGGGAUCAGUAACAUCUGGCAGAACGGCCGGAACAGAUGGCUAGUGGGGCGAAGCAGAUGAAGUAUCUCAGGCUGCCAUGGUUGUUUGUGCAGUGAUCUUCUCUCACCACAUCUUUAUUUCUGAGCCCUCUAUACAGAGACAACAGCUGUGGAUGUGAUUUAUCUCACUUAACUUUAGACAUAGGAAAGGUAUAUGCCAAAGUCUAAAGGAAGUUCCUUUUACUAUGAAUGGAGAUGCACCUCCAAAGAGCCAUUUGUCUAACUUACUGUAGAUGGCUAUCUAAGGGUGAGAUGAAUGGUCCUCUGAACUGGCUGGGGUUUUUCACGGACUAUCGAAAGAAACUAGAGAAUUAGCCUGGCCUUUAGCAUUUAGCUUUUUGAUCUGUAAUUUAGAAGAGGUAAAGCACCUUAUGGGAAAAUUGGAACAAGAGACUGAGGCAGAGAACAACAAGAGAUGUAAUUAUUUCUGUGAAACAGAGAGGAGUGAAUACAUGGAUCAGACUUUACUUUUUGUUAUCUGGGUACAUCUCCUGUAAAUUCCCACUCUGCGGAUACUGUAAGGCAUUGUGAUUGUGUACUCAUGAUGUAGAACAACCAGACUCUCUUAAGUGAGGUUCCCCGUGACAGAGCUCUGUGCUGUAGCUGCACAACCCUCAUGUCUCUCUAACUCAGCGAAGAGGUACUGAAAACUAUAUCCCCCUCCCCUUGAUUUCUGCGUGUGACCUCAGAGCAAAUCUAUAGUUGGAACACAUUCCCAGAACUGUGACAGAGCAAAGGGGCUUUUGUAAUUUACACAAGCUGAGGAGGAGCUUCUGCUCUAGAUCCAAAGGCUGCCCAUCUAAACUGGAAGAAAUUCACCUCUGCAUCUUUGGAAAUAUAUUCAAAUCUAUGGGCUUGAAAAGAGGCCAUGAAUUUUCCUAAAUGUCAGAGUGUUGGAUUCAGUGUGGAUUCCAAGUCCUGAGCUGGCAGAUUUGAAGUGCAAACUUGGAACUUGGGCUGUAGAUCUUUGCAGUAUUUUUCAUUCUGCUAAGUCUCGGUUGUGAGGUAUUACUUUAAGCUACCAACCACCUCCCUCCUCAAACAUAUAUUUAAUAUAUACAAACCUGCGAUCCUCAGCAAAUGUACAAAUGCCCAUUUGGGCUUCAGUAGUGACUGUAGGGUUGAAAACCUGGAAGCGAUGAUGAAGAAAACAAAAUGGAAACUGGAAAUCUUGUUAAGUGUUUGUUGUAAACAUUAUCACAACAGCAUCAAAGUAGACUCUUAUCUCAGCCUGAUCUCAUCAAAGUGUAAAGAUGUGACAAGUUUUGUGUUGGACUAUUCUUUGGGUGUUCUUGUAGCACCAAGGCAGCAGUUGGUGUAAGAUUUGUGAUCAAUAGUUGGACUUGCAGGCACCACUGAAAUUCUAUAAGUCUAAUAAACAGAAAAAUUCAAGCUGCAGACCCAAGUUUGAUCCGGAUGCCUUGCUUGGACACCAGAGCUCAGACCAAGCUGCUUGUCAGUGGCAUUUCUGGAUACCAGUCCUAUAGGUCUGCCUAAGGUGAGCAGCAUUUACGCCAAUGCAUUUUAAAAUCAAAUUACUCAAGCAUUUUAAUUGAAUUCUGGAAGCAUUUCUCAGCAAUUUGUAUUUUAAAUUAAAAGAAGAGUAAACAAAAAGUCUGGGCAAUUGCCCUGCAAUUGUUAUGUUGCUUUUUCUGUAAAAAGGUGUAAAGCAUGGAAUAAUAAUCUCCUUUCAAAAUCUAUUCUUGGAAAACUACUUCUUUCCUUUAAGAGCUUCUUGAAAAAUUUUCAGAUGUAGACUGUUCUUUGGAAAAUGUUAUUGAAAAAUUUGCCACUAGAAAAUGCAAAUGGAAAAAUUUUCAGUGGGAUAUUGUUCUUUUAGAAAAUGUGUUUUGAUCCAAAUCCGUUGUCCAUGGAAAUGUUUCCAUUCUGUCAUUUCAGUUUUAAAAAUUCUAAAGUAUUUUAAUAAUACCUAAGCAGUCCUUUUUGAUUUUUCACAUACUUUUUCUUUUACCUAAAAGCAUUUUAGGUUUUAUUUUUUUUAUUUUAUUUAUAGUUGAAAUAUUUUUAAAGGCUACAUUUAAACAGUUGAUUUGAUCAAACCAUUUGGUGAAGAAAAUUUUGUAUUUGAUGUUUAUAUACUACUAAAUAAUGGAAGUAAUGGCUUAUAGCUAUCAGAUGCAGUAUAAUGUCUAUGAUCAUGAGAAAAAAAAUCAAACUGAAUCUGGCUUUGCAUUUUGUUUAACUCUGCUGCUAAAAUGAUGUAUGAUUUAAGUCAGUAUCACGCAGUUCAGGACAUAGGGGAAUUGUUGCAGGUAAAAAAUUCAUGCAAACUUUAUUACACAGAAUUUGAUAUUCCUUUGAAUCAGAAUUCUGGCUGGAGGCUAAGCUGUCAAUCGGUCUGUCUGCAGCACAGACAGCUCUGGCAGCACAAUUUGCAAGGGAGUAGGAACACACACAAAGCAGACUUUUGCCUAUGAACUUUAAGCGGAGACAGUUGCCAAAGCUGGAAAAGUGCCUGUAAACCUGUUAGAGGUUUCUGUAUUCUUUUAUGCCAAGCUAUUUUCGUGGGCUAAGGUUUGAAAACUCUGUAGCAAGGAUGAAGUCAGAGAGAGUAUUCAGGUAGACUGACUGCAGCUCUGAGGAGUUGGGAUUGUGUGAACCCUGGAGCUGCCACGCGGGUUACAACACUCCACGGGCACACGAAGCUGAGAUGUUUAAGCAGCAGCUACUAUGCUAUUCCCUGGAGACUGGAAAAGCAAGACACAGUUAGGGGUCUGGGAUUUCAGGGAGAGCAACAGUCCAGGAUUUUGCAGUUGUUUGAAUUAAGUACUCCAAGUCAUUCAGCAUCCAUCAGCUCCUACUGUGGACACCCCUAUCAGAUGCAUUCCCCUUUGGUGCAGUUACUCUCUCUCUUGCUCUCAUUCAAUUCUGAGAACCAAAUAGUACAGCAUUGUUCAGUUCUAUAUAUCAUUAAAAGGAAGACAAGAUUUCCACCAAGACUUUGUGAUUCCUUCCUUAUAAGUUAUUUUCUUUUCCCAAUUUCUCGUGCUUGCUCAGUUUCCAGACUUCUUUGCUCUCAGCGCCAUGUAACACAUGGGCUGAUUCAGGGUUUGUAGCCCUGAGAUCCUUCCACAGAGCUCCUCUGUGCAGUGCUCUACUGCUCCAAAAGACGAAGGCAAGUGUGGCAAUUGAAACUGUAAUUCCAGAAAAACCUUAUGCUCUCCCAGACUUGUCUGUAGAAGAAUAAGGAGGACCAAUGCCGUGUGCCUUUUAAGUUUGAAGACCAAAUCCCGGUGUGAUUUUUGGUUCAAGCAGAGUGAAUAGGGUUCUUUUUUCUGUCAGCUUGGAUGGCAAUGCAGUCAUUGCCUGGGACACCCCUCCUGGCAUAGCACUGCUGUGCAAGGCUCCUGCCCACACAGUACUGGGAGGAACUGGGAUAACCAAUUUGACUGACACUUUGCUGAAGAGAAAACCUGAUUGAGCCAACACCAAGCUGAAAGCCUAUGACACGAAUUUUCCUCCUGCAUCUUUCAGGUACUACAGAAUUCUGCCAUGCUGCACACUUGAUAUUUCUGCCAAACUAACUCCAGCUGUUAGGGAUGAUUCCGGACCCAAACACCGGAGAAUCUGUACCAUUCUCAUGGACUUUCCCCUGACUCUCAUGUAAAUUUUGAUCUCUGUCUCUGAGCCGGCGAAAGCAGACAGGAGGCCUCCCAUCCCCAUAGUUUUCACCUGUAGAACUACUGCUUUUCAUGAAAAAGGUGUUGUUAACACUUUCGUACAGAUACAGCAAGUGGACAGAGAGCGGAUGUGGCUUCUCUGCGCAGGUCAACACCACGGGCUGGGUCCCCAGUCCCUGCUGGGUACUGCCUGCCCUGGCUCUGCACUGCUCUGGUCUCAAGACACUGAGAACAAAAGUAUAAUGCGAGUCUGGCAGCUGUAUCAAGGAUUUGAGUGGCGGUUGCCUUAAGCGGUGAGAUUUCUAGUUUGAUUUGAGAACUCUACCAGCAAGCCAAGUUAGAACAACAGGAAGCUCAUCCACCCUCCCUCCCCCGCCUCCUUUUUUUCUGUUCCUCUGCUGCAGAAACUUUCUGAUGUUCAGAUCAGAGGCUCUCCGGGGUUAAAUGCACCAUUAGUCACUGGGAAAAGGGGAAAAAAAGACCCUUUAAAAGCAGAUGGUGGGUGAUAAAGAACCUGUUUGAGAGUAAAUAUCUACAACAGCAUGUCUGCUUCAUCAGAUAUUAGCAUCAAAAGCUGUCUGACAAUUUAGCAACAAACAGCAAUAUUGAUUUUCUUCCAAACUGCAGGCGCAGAAAGACAAAGAUGGAGAGGUGGCUCUUUUGUAUGAUCCCCAUCAUGCCUGGGCAAAUAACGAGACUGCCAGACAGCAAAGUAUCUGCACCAGCCAGUCCUGCCAUCAGGUUAACCUGCAGCCCGCAGGUUAGAGGUUAUGAAGGGAUACUAGAGCUAGUUCAGCUCCAGGCUUAUCAGGAGCUGUGCAGAAUGGAGUAGGGAGGAAGACAUGGGAAACAGCCAGGACCAGGCUGUUUCCACCAAGGAAAAUGGAAGUAGUGUAAUGGAGUGGAGAAGGGAUGGCACGUACAAGUCCUGGAAUGCAGGGCUGUUUUCAGAGGACACGAGAAUUACUUACUACAAAGCAGUCUGAAUAGCAAUAGCUGCCCCUCCACCAGUCCCUCCCUCAGAUACAGCAGCCAUCCUGACUUUGUAGGGUAUUGGGAAAGUAACUGUUUUUCUCACCUUGGCAAUCGAGGAAAAAUUCCACCUGAAAGCUAAGAGGCAACUAUUUUCUCCUUUAUUCUCUGUCCCAUUAACUACUUUUUCAAAAGUUGAUAGAAAAGCCUUCUUGUGGUCCACAGUCAGAUCUUGGAACCAUUUCCUGAUGCGAAGUGCUGGGUAUAUACAGUCCUUUGGAGAACAGCUUCCUUUUUCUGAUUUAAAUUCACUGCAACUAGUGGUCUUACAUCAAUUAUGUACACUCCUCCUUGUCUCUCUGUCUGAAAUGUCAGUGAAUCUGAUAAUUUUUGCUCACAGAUGAAGUGGGGAGCUAACAAGAUUCUCUGGCACAUCCUGCAGUAAUUGCAUCUACCAAAGCAUUAGCAAAAUAGCAAGAAAACAGAAACAGGCACUGAAACUUGCUGAAGUUCAAUCCCCUGCUCAUAUCUCCUAACACAGUGUUUAAGAAGGCACUGGGGCACAUCAGGACAGUGCUCGGGAAGGGCUACACAAGGCAAUCUCUAGCCGUAGUCACAGGGGCAUCCAGAAUCUUCAGGAAAGACAUUAACAUAAUAAGAAAUAAAGAAGAGCUCAUAAUUAAACUGAUUUAUUCCUGGCAUAAACAGACACAAUUCCAUUACCUUUCAUUUCUGUCUAAAUAUGUACCAGAAGGAACUAAGCUGGAUAUUGACUCUGUUGGAUUUCUUUAUAGUAACAUUACUGUAUUGUUAAAAUACUAAGAGCCGAUAUUUGGUUGUUGCCUUCAUUUUUACACCUUAGAGAAAGCCAGUGGGGUAAACUUCUAUUAAGUGAAUGUGAAGAAAAAGAUGCCUGGUUCUAAGUACACAUUUAUGAAUAUAACAUGAAAUCUAGUGGCUUACAACAGCUUCUCUCCCAAACAGCUCUGCCCUCCAAGCACUGCCUACCCUGCUGUAGUAAUGGUUUUUCUGUGAGUUGCCUCCUGAAGCAGUUUUCCAAAGAGAACCUUCUGCUGGUGAGAUUUAGCUUUGUCAUUGUAGCAUGUCUGCGGCACUUACUUCACCGUAUCCUGGUGCUGAACUGAUUCGCUCAUUAUCAGAUUGCUGUUUAUUAAUCAAAGCAGUAACAAUGGGACACAGAAGCUGGAAUACAACACAGACAGUGCUUCAUUUGUUCCAAUUGAUUUUCCUAUCACAUUUUAUUACUACUAUUUACUUUGUAUGCCUCAGGGAGAUUGAACUGCACUGUGCAGUAGGGGUACAUAUUUGAAUUUCUCUUCUUUUUAGCUCUUGCUAUUUCUAUUAUGAUAGUCAGAACAGUAGGCUCUUGCAGCAACUAAACCAUGACCUUGUCCACUAUAAAACAGUGUGUGGAGCCCUUGUAAUAAUUGGACUCCACCAGUGUGUGAAGUCCUGCCGGUAGAGUCCUAGAGAAAUCCAUGAGAAUCAUGGAUACUGAGCACGUCUGAAAAUGAGAUCUCCAGGAUGACAUCUUACAAAUUCUCAGCACUGACCAGAACCAUUGCUGUAACUAAACCCAUUGGAAGGUAUAAUGAAAGAGCAAGCAGAAUGGGCAUACGCAUAUGCUUACACUAAGACAAUCUGCUGGUUUCGGGAUGAGUUUUUGUCUUGCAAUAAAAUUAAUUGAGAUGAUGGUAAUGAUGUUUUUUUUCCUGCUUGUUUUUAGCUCUUUUCUAAUGUCUUAGAUCACUGUUCACAAGUUGGAUCUUGCAAACUUCAGCCAACACAUCUAAAACAUCAGGGAAGACCAUAUGACUGCUGUCAGAAGGUAUAUGGUGGUUUAUGGAAGUUGACACACGGGUCAGCAAACAGCCAAAGGAUGGCACAUGCUGUAAGAUUGCAUUAAUCAUCUCCUUUCCAUAAACAAGGCUCAUUGAGAACCAAAACCAACUUAAAAACUGUCUCAAAAAAAAUAUCAAAAUCUGUGGUGAAGCUCUGAUUAUCAGCACAGCUAGGAUUUCACUCUAGAGAUUUGUAAGUGUUUGAACUAUAUUUGUUCUGAAAUUGCCCCAUUCAGUGAGUACAACAGGAAACCCAUGUUUGGCUGCAGCUGUAGGUGUGAGAUGCAGUUGCGUGGGGAGGUGAUGAGAAUCUAUUUUUUCAAAAAAGCUUUGUUUUCUGUAUUAAUUUUAUAAUUAGCCUAAUUCAAGAGUGAGGAGGCAGCUAGCAGGUGGUAGCAUGUAUCAUUAACAAAGUUCAAAACAGAAACCACAGUCAGCUGAGCUGAAAGUUUCCAUGGGCUCUUCAUUGUUACUUGAAAUGUGAGAGUCCCUCACACAGGAAUUUCUCUCUUAUCACAUGCUUUAUCUUGCUGAGAUGCUAUUUUGUAACUUAAGCAGAAUGUGUGAACGUGUUGUGCAUGUGCAAACACACAUCUGUGGGCACAUGUGCAACAACACAACAGGAUGAGUCUACUGGGACGAGUGCGACAUUAUCCUCUUUGGGAACGUGCCACAUGACAUCAGGUAGAAUUACUCUAUUUUUUAUUGUUUGGGUUUUUUUGUUUGGUUUUUUUUACUAGCAGAACUGUUUCUUUUGUUCUACUAGCAGAAGCUUUUAGUUUUUAGAGCCGAGGUGUAGUGCCCUGUGCCUCUCUCUGAAGUACAUACAUACA